AUGGGAUACUAUCUUACCGAUGGCAUAUAUCUAAAAUGGUCAACAUUUGUUAAAACAAUUUCAUCUCCACAAGGACAUAAAAGAAAAUUAUUUGCAAAAACCCAAGAGAUGAGUAGAAAGGAUGUAGAGCUUGCAUUUGGAGUGCUUCAAGCAAGAUUCACAAUUGUACGAGGACCUGCAAGAUUUUUCUAUAGUGAAACGCUUCAAGACAUCAUGAAAGCAUGCGUAAUUCUUCAUAACAUGAUCGUUGAGGAUGAGCGAGAUGUAAAUAAAGCGGUGGAAGUAGAUUAUGAGCCAAUUGAUGACAAUCCUACUAUACAACUAUCACGGGAGCACACAAAUGAAUUUACGGAGUUCAUUGAAACCCAUCAAUGUAUUCAAGACCGUGAAAUUCAUGAUCAACUCCAAUUAGACCUCAUUGAGCAUUUAUGGCAAUUACAAGGGGAGUUGUAG